AUUCCCCAUUUCUUGUACGCUAGUCGAGAUUAACAAAUUAAAGAUAAAGGUUUUAUUCCAUCCAAAAAGAUAAAGAUACAGUUCAAGCAUCGUCUCCUUGGGCUUGGGUGAGCUACAAGAAAGUGCAGAACAGGCCCCUUUGGAUGGAAUAACUCAAGAACAUCUUCCUUUUCUUUGUCUUCACUUUACAAAAGCCAGGCCUAUUCCGUCAUCUUGCAGUUCAAAGAGGAAAGAUGUGUUUGAUUUGGAAGUUGAAUCAUGUCAAAACAAGCCUAGCUUGAUGUAAUGCCCCGGAAACUUGCGCUAGACACUAUAAGAACAAAGCAUUUUUACCAGAAAGCUUCUGAAUUUUUGGAUUAAACUACAAAGCCCUGCCCAUUACAGUAGACUAACAGAAUGUCUCACUCUUCACCUAUAAUUUGAGCCUCUUACGCCAUGAGCUGGCUGGGAAUUGAUCAGUUCCUACCAACUUCCGGUUUAUCCUUGGAAGAAGAUAUGCUGGUCAGGAAGCUGCUGCUUGCCCAUGAUCCAGAUGGCCGACAUCUUGACUCCGAGCUACUACUUCAAGCAAUAGAGGAUGCGAUGUGUUGUGCCACUUCUUUGGAUAUAGCGUGUGAUGUCAAGCGAGAAGAUGAUAUCAGGCAAGCUGGAGUUGUUGGGUUACAAGAACCACUUGGAGUCACCAUCCACAGAAUUUCAUCUGAGGCUCUCUCUCUCUCUCUCUCUCUCUCUCUCUCUCUGCAAUUCACAAGCAUAGACACUCAUAUCAGGUGCUUUGCUAUAUGCCUGCAGAUGCUUUGCCUGUGCUUCAGUCAAAAAAAUAUGUGUGCAAGGACACUACAUGUAUUCGAUCUGCUGUGUUACUAUGCCUGGGAUGCAAAAGUGGUUUUGGUGCUGGCAGCUGUCAGUAUGAGCUAUGCUGAACUUUGCCUCGUGAUUCAACUCUCACCUUGGAACCCAUUGGCAAAAUCAGUCGCAAUCCUCAAGCAGCUACAACCCAACUCAAAGGCGUUCAACCGUCGACUUAAAGCUCUAAGCUCAUUGAUUAUGAAGAUGUUGGAUAUGGCGAAAUGCAUCUUUAAGUUUACAAACCUUUCAAUUUCACAUCUAAACCCAGAUAAAGAGGCCAUCGAGACUAUCAAGUCCAAUAUUUGUUUAACAGCCUUUUGGAUCGUCAGAAGCUCCUUGACAAGCUAUUCCCACAUGAAUGAUUUGAUGACCAUAAAGUCAGGGUGUACGAAUUCAUCAGCAAUUGCAAUAUGGGAGCUUUCAAGUUUGGCCUAUACAUUGACCAACCUAUACAGUCGCCUCAAGAGGCUUGUGGAUGGGUUGAUUCACCGACUAGAGGAAAAGGUGGAACAGAAGCUGGUCAGUCUCUUUCGGGAGACUCGUAGAGACAAUCAAGAGGUGCUUACCACGUUGUUUUCAUUGAAGGAUAAAUUUCCUCUGAAGGAAAAAUGUUCACAAGCAAAGGUUGGAAUUUCAGAACUUACAGGCAAGGUGGUUAUGUUUCUGAUCUCCAAACCAGAGUUCCCAUCACCAGAGGAAUGGCUCUUGCUAGUUCACCAAGCAAAUAAUCUCCCUCAGAACAAGACUUUAGAAGGAAACUACGACAUUGUGUGGGUACCCAUUUCAAGUUCCUGUGCAUGGACAGAUUCUGAAGAUAGAAGCUUUGAUUAUUUAUCUAACUGCAUGCCGUGGUAUUCGCUUCGGCGGCCACACUUGCUUAGCCCUGCAACGGUGAAUUUUAUAAAGCAAUCGUGGAACUAUAAAGAGGAGCCUAUAAUGGUAGUGAUGGACGCUGAUGGGGCAAUAACAAAUUUAAAUGCUAUCGAUAUGUUGAGGAUCUGGGGUGUCAAGGCAUAUCCAUUUUCAUCUUCUAGAGAAGAAGAGCUUUGGGAGGCAGAGAAUUGGGGACUACACCUAAUGCUUGAUGGAAUUGAUCAGCUUUUGACCUAUUGGAUCGAACAAGGUAAAAAUGUUUGCAUUUAUGGGAGCGACGACCUGGGAUGGAUCAAGGAAUUUCACUCCAAGAUGGAGAUCAUAAGUGAAGGUGUGCAACUCGAGCUUGUUUAUGUGGGUAAGAGGAUCCACCAUGCUCAAAUGAUGUACAUACCGGCCAACAUCCAUCUACACCUCUCCCCGACAAGAAUCCGAUUCUUCUGGCUUCGGUUGGAGAGCAUGAGAAAGUCGAAGCUCAGACUAGGAAAGACGGUCAACACUGAUCAAACAUUGCAAGAGGUCUCAGCACUGCUUGAUUUUGAUGAGAAGGACAAGGACUGGGCAAUCUUCGGAAAAGGGUCGUCUGCAGACACGAUAAGGCUUCAAGGAAACAGACUCGUGGAGUGCCUGGAUAAGUUUCCGGAAUGGGGCCAGAAUGUGGGGAAGUGGGGACUCUUGAAUGCCUUUAGAAUGGCUCUUGAGCCGGCUGUUCUCGACGGUCCAUGCAGCCACACUGAUACCAUUCCCUUUGAGGAAGGGUUGGCGGAGAAGAUUCUGUUCUGUGUUAAGUGCAAGCGCCCCAUGAAAAGUUUCCUAGUGUAUGAAUGAGACAGAGUGCAAAACAUACUGCUCUUGUGUUUGAGGUGAAAUGACUAUAUAAUUGAGAUGUCACCAAUCAUCUGCCCAAGGAGUUACCUAGCAGUAGUAGCUAUGGAUUC